GACAUCGAUCCAAGUUAGCUCUGCCCGCCACGAGCUUCCCCUCCCAAGGACGACGACGACAUCACAUCCUCGAUCACCGUCCUUCGGAGACCCGAACCACCACCACAACACCUAUUCCCUAGAGUGCCUUCAUAAACACCCGCCAAAAUGUCACAAGUUCACGCCUUGUCCGACGAUCAGGUCGGACAAGAGCUCCGCAAGAUGACGGCCUUCAUCAAGCAAGAAGCCGAGGAAAAGGCGCGCGAGAUCCAGAUCAAGGCCGACGAGGAAUUCGCCAUUGAAAAGUCCAAGCUGGUCCGCCAGGAGACGGACGCCAUCGACUCGGCCUACGCCAAAAAGUUCAAGCAGGCCCAGAUGUCGCAGCAGAUCACGCGGUCGACAAUGGCCAACAAGACGCGACUCCGGGUCCUGGGCGCGCGCCAGGAGCUGCUGGACGAGAUCUUUGAGGCCGCCAGCGCCCAGCUCGGCCAAGCUACCCACGACCUGGGCCGCUACAAGGACAUCCUCAGGGACUUGAUCCUGGAGGGCUUCUACGCCAUGAACGAGCCGGAGCUGGUGAUCCGCGCGCGCCAGGCGGAUUAUGACGCGGUCAGGGAGGCGGCGGGGUGGGCGAGCGCCGAGUACAAGCACAAGACGGAUAAGGAUGUCAAGGCGACGAUUGAUGCGGAGAAUCCCGUUCCUGAGGGGAGCGCCGGUGGCAUCAUCAUCGUUGGCGGAAACGGCAAGAUCGAUAUCGACAACACCUUCGAGGCCAGGUUGACCCUGCUUAAGGACAGCGCUCUCCCGGCGAUGCGCAAGGCUCUGUUCGGUGAAAACCCCAACCGCAAGUUCUUCGAUUAAAUGCACCGCUUCUUUGGAAGGCUGCGAAUGCGCAGAAGGCCUACAACAAAGUUACGGCACCUGAUGUUCAGGAAAGGGAGAAAGGAGUCCUGUGGACGAAUCUCCAGAGGGAGACGAAAGCCAGAGGUUCACGCCAGAGCGUUGGGUGCUUACUACUCGUUGUUUGAUGA